AUGACUGUGGAUUUUGAUAUCUUAUUAGAAAUAUUCCACCAACCCCGGUUUGAACCCGGUCAAAAGGAAGUCCGGCAGAAUAAAUUGAUGUCUGGGGUAAAAGGCAUAAUAAGGCGGAAAUCGGCUCCAGUGUUUGGCUGUAAACAGGUCGUUCGGCAGAUGCAGGCCGAGGUCAGCCUUCACGAUACCCAGAAUGCGGCUAUCCGUACGGCCGAGCAGACGGGAAGCUCUAUUUUCCACGCCCUAUGGUCGUAUGUAUCAGGCUAUGUGUGGGAGAGAUCAUGA